AUGUCGACUCUCUCAAUACUGCACGUGCAGGACUUCAAUAAGACAAUUUCCGUCGAUUCAUCCCAAUAUGGAGAGACAGUAUCAAGAACUCAAACCCCGUUACAGGCAAAAUGGGAUAUUGUACCAAUCCGAGAUUGUAAUUCUUCGGUGUUAUUAUCGCCUAGAGCGGAAAAUCUCCCUUCUCCUUCGCGUCAUAAUUACCCCCCUCGGAGAACCAGAUCUCAAACUGAGCUUGUACCAGCUUCAUCCGGUUUAGCCAAGUCUGUUUCUUCUCCUGGAACUUCGAUUUCGUCUCCUUCUACUCCAGCUAAUAUAGGUAUACCCCAAGCUGGAUACGUUGCUAUUUUUAACCUACCUGAUCCGUCAUUGACUGUAAUGGCUGGUGGUGGUGCACGGUCAGCAACAGCCACUACCAGUGGUACUGGACCUAUUUCCGGCACUGCUUCACAAUUAUCCUCAUCUGCUACAUUUUCUCUUCGAGGAGGUGGAAUGGAUCCAGGAUCAAGUGGUACUCGUGCUCGAACCAAUAGUGGUCCGCCUCGUCCUGCUAUUAUCAAAACAACCUUUGUUGAUCAGAACAAUAGUUCUAAUGGAUCUGACGACACUUCCAGUUCACCUUUAACUUUAAAUAGUGCUAGUAGUGGCACAAGUAUAGGUACUGGCUUUCAUAAUGUUGAGGCUGUGACGGGGUCUGUUCAUGGAGUCAGUGGAAAGAAUCCCCAUGUUAGACAUAGAGACAGCCUAAGCCUUAAUGGAUCCUCGGCGCAAAAUUUUGGUGUCAUGCCCGUAACUUCUGGAACUAAAACUGCCACGGGCUCUGCUGCUAGUGCAGGUGGAGCAUAUGAGCCGGGCUCUUUGACCGGUCCUGUUAACGGAUCCGUCUUCUCCAGCGAUUCGUCUGAAGAGACACUAGUGGCAGCUCUAAGUCCAGUGGGUGCACCCCCUGGCGGUCUAUCUUCAUCAUUUAUCCCAAAUCACAAUAAUCAGCAUCUUCAUCAUAUUCACAAUCAGAGAGCAACUUCUGGUUUACUACCAUUAGCUGGCGGGAAUGCCGCGCGACGUCAUAGAUCUAAAUCUUUCUCAGAAACAGUUAGUGAGACUAGCCAAGAAGCGAUAAGGCAACUGGCUCCUCCCAUUAGUUUACCACUUGUUUUAACCUGUAUUGCAUGGUAUAGCACAUCGGCCAUGUCUAACACAUUGAACAAGUCGAUUCUCACUGCGUUUCCAUACCCAGUAAGUUUGUCAAUGGUUCAGUUCACCCUGGCUGCAUCCUUUGGAAUAUCUACUAUGAAGCUUGCUCAAAUAUCUCCAGAUAUUGCUCUAGCUCUACCUAAGGGAAUCAUCUCUCCAGGAAGAGUGGGAUUCCGACCACCUACUAAGGCGAUUCUUAUGGCUACAGCACCAAUGGGAAUGUUCCAGCUUUCAGGCCAUAUAUUAUCUCAUAUGUCCACCUCAUUAAUCCCUGUGUCACUAGUGCAUACAAUCAAAGCAUUAUCUCCUCUGUUCACGGUAGCUGCAUACCGAUUGUUAUUUGGCGUUUCGUAUAAACGAUCCACCUACCUUUCACUUAUCCCCUUGACACUGGGUGUCAUUAUGACCUGUUCAGUCGAAUUCAGUUCGCAUUUCAUGGGACUGGUAUAUGCAUUAAUAGCAGCCUUGAUUUUUGUCUCCCAAAAUAUGUUUUCCAAAAAGCUACUAACAUCUGGCAACACUGGAGGGGACGAGUCAACUAAGCUUGACAAACUCAAUGUUCUUUGCUAUUGUUCUUCUCUAGCAUUUAUAUUUACGUUUCCAUUGUGGUUUUUUACUGAGGGAAUUGGCCUGUUAGGUGACUACUCGCGAUCGAGUGGUAACUUUUUUGGCGCUUCCUCUAAUGGUGUAGAUGCAGGUAGUAUCAUGUCCACCUCGGGCCUGAUGCUUGCGUUCCUCAUAAAUGGAUUUGUACACUUCGCUCAGAACUUGUUAGCAUUCCAGGUUCUGGGUAUGGUUAGCCCGGUGACAUAUUCGGUGGCUAGUUUGAUAAAGCGCAUUGUCGUAAUCACCGUUGCCAUAAUCUGGUUCGGCCAAAGGGUCACUGGUACACAGGGCUGGGGAAUACUUUUGACUUUCCUGGGGCUGUACCUCUAUGACCGUUGCGGUGGCGAUAAGACCAAAAACUAUGAGCCAAAAUCAUCGGUUCUGCCUAAAUAG